UGAUCCAUUGAGCUAAACAUGAAUCGGCUUGGACUUUCUUUCUUCUUCUUCUUCUUUUUUUCUCUCUCUAUCUCGCCAUGCUUAAUUCGAAGCUAUUCCUGAGUGUAUCGACGGUUAUUCUGCUCAUAUCUCUGUUGCUAUCUCUCGGAAUAUUCCUUUCUAAUAAUCACUCCAUUUAUAAAGAUGUUGAAGUUAUUCCGAUAGACGGUGGUGCAAUUGGACCGGAGAGCUUUGAUUUCAAUCCUGUUGACGGAACAGGUCCCUACACCGGCGUUUCUGAUGGCCGGAUCAUCAAAUGGAUCGCCACUGAAGGGCGGUGGACUGAUUUUGCGAUCACUUCGCCGAACAGGAAAGGGUGUGGUGGGCCAGAAAUGGAACAUAUAUGUGGACGACCAUUGGGCUUAAAGUUUGACAAUAGCAGGGGAAAAUUGUUGAUUGCUGAUGCUUAUUUUGGGCUACUUUCAUUGGGCCCAAAUGGUGGGUUAGCCACGUCACUGGUAUCAAAAGACCAAGGUCUUCCAUUAAUGUUCACAAAUUCGCUAGACAUUGACCAAACCAAUGGAGUUGUCUACUUUACUGACAGCAGUCAACGUUACACCCGUAGGGAUCACAUGCUUGUCGUACUCACUGAUGAAAAAAGUGGAAGAUUACUAAAAUAUGACAUUGAAAGCAGAAAGGUCACUGUAAUACUCGAUAACCUUACAUUUCCAAAUGGAGUGACAUUAAGUCAAGAUGGUAAUUUUCUUCUUGUUGCCGAGACAACAAUAUGUAGAAUUAUGAGGUUUUGGCUUAAAACAUCGAAAGCUGGAACACUUGAAGUAUUUGCUAAUCUUCCAGGGUACCCUGACAAUAUUAAGAGAAACCAAAAAGGAGAAUUUUGGGUGGCAAUUUAUUCAAAAGAAAGUAAAAUUUUGAGAUGGGUUCACUCAAAACCUUGGAUUGUAUAUGUUUUGAGUAAGAUUAUUCCCAUUAACUUUGUUAGAGUGAGUUCACACAUCGCUAAAGGAAAAGGUGAAGGGUUGGCAAUAAAGUUAGGGGUUAAUGGUGAGAUAUUAGAAAUCUUGGAGGAUGUGCAUGGUAAAAAAUGGAAAUAUGCUAGUGAAGUAAUGGAGAGAGAUGGCAAUUUGUGGAUCGGAUCCGUUGAAAACAAUGCUGCUAUCAAACUAAAAAUGCAAUAUUAAAAGAAAAAGAGAGGGGAUAUGACACGUGUACAUAGUAAUUGAAUAAACCGUGCAACAUUUGGUUAGUUUUCUAAAGAAUAAUUUUUAUAGUCUUACUUCAUAGUGUUGUUAUAAGCUAAGCGUUACCAAUUGUUAUAGUUGUUUAAUGUAAAACUAUAUUCAAGCAUAUAUUGGUAAAAGAUUGUAACUAUGGAAAUUUA